AUGUCGCGACCUCAGACGCCCCCCCACGAGCCACGGUACAACGUGCAUGUUGCGCCGACCACCAUCUCCCAGCUCAUCCGCACCGCGUUCCCCAACAUCGAGCUGGUCUCAUCAUUCGAGCUCACCAGCCACAAGGGCUACAACAACCGGCUCUACCUUCUCACUGUCCGACGUCGCGGCGGCCCGAGCUGCGUCUUUCGCGACACCAAUGCCGCCGAGCGGGAGCUGGUCCUCAAGGCGAACGGGCGCUUCUUUCUGGCCGACAAGGUCCAGAACGAAGUCGGCUGUCUCCAGGUGCUGGGCCAGUACUGCCCCGCGAUACCCACGCCGGUCGUGUUUGCCUGGUCCGAGGAGGGGCAUGAUGUGUGCCUGGCGAGUCCGGCGGGGUCGGAGACGAAAAACGUUGCGUUGGCGAUUCCGGACGGGGAGAAACAGCAUGGAGGGUGGAUAUUGAUGUCGCGACUACCGGGGGCGCCGCUGUCGGUGUGCGACUUGGACGAGGUUUCGAGGCUGGACAUUAUGAGGCAGCUGGCGGGGGUCACGGCGAGCUGGCGGACAGACAUUCCCGCCCAAAUGUUUAUUGGCAACGUGCAGUUUCACCAACCCGUUCAUGCUUCGGAGCCGGAUUUCGUCAUUGUCAAAAACUCUGGCCCGCGGCCGCAAAAUCUUGUGGUCAGAGGCAUGCUGGUCGACGAGCUCCGCAUCACGACCCCCAUCACGAGCGUCACCGAGCAGUACACACAACCCAGCCGCUUCGUCUUUCCGCACUACGACCUGUCGCCCAGGAACAUUCUCGUCGGCGGAUCGCCGCCGCAGAUUUCCGGCAUCGUCGAUUUUGAGUUUGCCGGCUUCUUCCCGCCCGUGGAGGAGUUCCUCAACGACGCCGUGGGCAACGAGGGCGACUGGCCGGACCACCUGUACGCGGCUUACCUGGCUGAGCUUGAGGCCCGCGGGGUGGCCACGCCGGCGGCUGGCAUCGGCGCCGCAGAGUGGGAGACGGCGCGGUGCUUGGAGCGCGUGGCGGAUAAUGUGGCGCCGUGGUGGCUUCCGGGCAAGUACACGGGGAGUGCGCUGGAGGAGCAGUUUGCCAAGAGUGCGGCGGAGCUGCGGGAGAAUAUGAGGAAGCUGUCCUGA